AUGGGAAUUCCCUCCGAGCAGUCGCAAGGCGCCGCGGCAGUGACUCUCACGGCCGGGAAAGACGUAGCGUCGAGAACAGCGAUAGCCGUGGCAAAUUGGUGCAAGGCACGUGGCGGACUCUCAGUGGACGUCGUGCAGGCCGCAGCCGAUCAGGCCGCCCCUUCCCUCGUCAGCGCGGCCAGCAACCAGGCUGUAGCGGGCGCUACAGCCGUGUGGGCGGCUCUGGCGUUGGCUGCUGGAGGCGACGCCGCCAAUGCGAUGCUGGGGAGAGAUGGCGCUGCGCGCGCAGAGGUGACUCAGUGGCUUCGCCAUCCCUGGGUCGUCGGCUCCCUGGCCUCCCUUGCCACGUCAGCGUGCCCAUCAGCAUCCACGUCAGCUGCUGUACUGGACCCUCUCCCUCGCCUGCGUGCUCUCAACGCCUACCUGACUCCCCGCUCUGUGCUCGUGGGGCCAGGUGUCGCGAUCACAUUGGCUGACAUUGCAGUCUUUGGUGCUGUUCACGAUGACGUGCUGCUGGUGACGCCGUGUGACAGGGACGAGCUGCCGCACCUCAUGCGCUGGAUUGAUCUGGUGCAGCACAAAGGGCAUGUGCGGGAGACCUUCUCGCACAUCACUGUCAACACUGCCAAGUUCGACCCGCCUGCACCGGUUCCUCUUCCUGCCAAACCUGCAGCGCAGCCGAGCCAGUCAUCAGGUUCGGGAGGUGCCAAGCCUUCCACAGCAGCAGCGGGGAAGGCAGCUGCAGCCCCGGCAGAGUCUUCACCAGCAGCAGCAGCUGCUCUGGCUGCUGCCCCUUCCACCACCGCCGCACCACAGGCAAGGGGAAGGGGGAAGGAAGAGAAGAAGGGCAAGGGGGAGGAGAAGAAGGGUGAAGCGAAGGAAGGGGCGGGUGGAGGGGGAGGGAAGGGGGCGGACGUGAGUGUGGGCAUAUUGGACAUACGAGUGGGGCAGAUCAAGAAAGUGUGGAAACACCCCAAUGCAGACGCGCUGUACGUGGAGGAGAUAGACGUGGGCGAGGGCAGUGUGCGGCAGGUGGUCAGUGGGCUCGCCAAGUUCGUCACAGAGGACGAGAUGAGAAGCCUGGAGUCAAGAGAGAGUGACAGCAGCGAGUGCAGAGCACUGACCCGCAGCCCUUCCUUUUCCCUCCAUGUGUACGCGUGCUGUGACUGCAUGCAGGGCAUGCGCGUGGUGGUGCUCACAAACGUGAAGCCGGGGAAAGUGAGGGACGUCGUAUCGGCCGGCCUGGUGCUGUGUGCGUCCAACGAGGACCAUACCGUGUGCCGCCCCGUGCAACCGCCAGAGGGGGCUGCCAUCGGCGAGAAGAUCACGUUCGAUGGAGUGGACGGCAAGCCAGAGGAGGUGCUCAACCCCAAGAAGAAGCUCUUUGAGAAGCUCCAGCCGUUUCUACGCACGGACGGCACGGGGUUGGCCAUGUUCCAGGACACACUCAUUAUGAUGAUCCUCCGACUUCCCCUCCCCCUCCCUUUCCUCCCAUGCACUUCCCCUUUCUUUCCUCCCGUACACUUCCCCUUUCUUUCCUCCCGUGCACUUCCCCUUUCUUUCCUCCCGUGCACCCCAUCAGUUUCUGCGCACGGACGGCACGGGGGUGGCCAUGUUCCAGGACACGCCCAUGAUGACGUCAGCAGGGCCCUGCACAUCCACCAUUUCUCCCCGCAAGCGCACCCGCCGCCAGAGCAGCUCCCCCCACAGCGGCAGUUAGCUCCAGACGCGCAUCCUCCAUUUCCGCAAGCGCACCCGGCGCCUGAGCAGCCCUCUCCGCAGCUGCAGUUAGCCCCGGACGCGCACUUCCCUCCCGCCUGCCCCCCGCACGCGCAGCCCGCGCCGGAGCAGCCUGCCCCGCAGCAGCAGCUCCCGCCAGAAGCGCAAGUGCCGGCGCUCGCGUUACUUCCGCCGCACCCUACGCUGGUUCCUCCGGCGCUGCCAGCGGAGCGGCACGUGCACGAGUCGCACGCGCAGCCCGGGCCGCACCUGCACUCGGCGCCGUUGCUGCAGGCGCAAGUGGCGGCGGUUGUCGUCUUGCAGGCGCAUGCGUUGUUGCUGCAGGCGCAGGCGCUGCCGCACGCGCAGUUGUUGGUGGGAGCCAUUGGGAUUCGCGGAUUGAAGUCGAACGUAGAAGAUGAAGCGCAACUAAUCUCAGCUUGUCAGCAGCGGGAAGUCGAGUGA